AUGGCGACGCUGAGCGUCGUGGUCACGGGCUUCGGUCUCGUGCGCAACGGCCCACAGCAGCCCGACUGCGCGGUUUUCCUCGGCACGGUCCAUCAAAGCAGCAGCCACAGUAGCUCCUGGACCAUUUACCGCCCGUUUGAAGCGUUCCAGCGUCUGGGCCAGCAGCUGAGCAUGAUCUUUGGCCAGAUGGUGCCGGUGUGUCCGCCCCGUCUGUUCGACGUGCGCUUCCCCGACUCGCUCGAGAAGGCGCGACUGGACCUGAGCAUGUGGAUGCUGCAGCUCCUGCAGCACGUGCCCAUUUACCAGUCGCACGUGUUUGUGGACUUUGUCAGUGCCGACGCCAAUGUGCCGCCACCUGGACUACAGCAGGCCACGGCCUUGGGUCCUACUGCAACUGCUGCAGCGCGCGGCGGCGGGAACAUUGGCGACCUUGAUAUGGACGAGAUGUUUCACUCGACGACGGACGACGAUCCGCGCUCGCACGACGAGCUGCACGAUGAUGAUAUGUUCCAGUUUGACUAUAGCACAGACAUGUCGGGUGCUGGGCUGGACCAGCAGACGCUGCUGGAAGAGACGCAGCUGCAACAUGCGCAGCAGGUGCGUGAGCAGAAGAAGAGCGAGAAGGUGACGUUGGAGGACUUUGUCAUGAUUAAAGUCAUUGGCAAGGGCAGUUUUGGCAAGGUGCUGCUCGUGCGCAAGCGAGAUACGGGACUCAUUUACGCCAUGAAGGUGCUGCGGAAAGAGAACAUAAUCAAGCGCAAUCAAGUGGAACAUACACGCACGGAGCGUCACGUGCUGGGUUACGUGCGGCAUCCGUUCAUUGUGGGCCUUAAUUACGCGUUUCAGACGUCGGAGAAAUUGUACUUUGUGCUCGACUAUUGCGCUGGAGGAGAGUUGUUCUUUCACUUGGGCAAAGUCCAGCGGUUUCCCGAACACCGUGCGCGCUUCUACGCUGCCGAAAUUACACUGGCGAUCGAGUACGUGCACAAUUUGGAUGUGAUCUACCGUGAUUUAAAGCCGGAAAACGUCUUGCUUGAUGAGAAUGGACACAUCCGGCUGACGGAUUUUGGUCUCUCGAAGGAAGGCAUUCAGGACGAUUUCUCGGGAGCCAAUUCGUUCUGCGGUACACCCGAGUACCUCGCGCCUGAGAUUUUAAACCGGUCGGGUCACGGUCGAGCUGUGGACUGGUGGUCGCUUGGAGCAUUGCUGUAUGAAAUGCUGACGGGGCUGCCUCCGUUCUACUGCCGUGACCGCGAUCGGCUGUUUGAGAAGAUUCGCAAGGGUGAUCUGAGUUUUCCCAAGUACUUGUCACCGAACGCCAAGGACUUGUUGAAAAAGCUGCUGGAACGCGAUCCGACGGGACGCCUAGGAACGGGCCCGACCGAUGCUGGCGAGAUUAAGAACCAUCCAUUCUUUGCAGAAAUUAAGUGGAAUGCGCUUGCUGGUGGGCAAGUGCCACCCCCGUGGCACCCUACGUUUUCUGGUGCACUUGACACGUCUCAGUUCGAUCGCGAGUUCACGGAUAUGCCCGUGGUAAGCCCGGAUAAUCAGGUGCGCGGUAUGGCAAUGUCUAUGGGGCGACGAUCCGGCACUGCGUACGGAAGCAGUCUAACAGGGAACGACCCGUUCAAGGGCUUUACUUACACUGAAGAUUCCUACCUGCAAGACGGUUUGCCAGGCCAUAGCCCUGGCAUACGUGGAAGCGGUCGUGUGCGGCACCACAACAUGUAA